GCGGCGGGCAGGCGGUUGUGGCGCGCGCUGCUAACGGCCGUUCGGCCGUGCGCGUGUCCGGCGAUGUCGAGGAGCUCCCGGGCGGUGCUGGUCGUUACCGCGCUUUUCUCCGCCGCCACCGUCGCGGCCGUGCACGUCCAGCAGCGGCGGGAGCGUGAGAGGCUGCACAGUGGUGUUCUCAGAGAUCUGGAGCGACAAAAUCAGAAAAGAGAAAACAUUCGCCUGCUGGAAGAGCAGAUUGCUUUGACAAAGCAGCUUACAGAAGAAAGAGAGAAGAUGCUCAUGGAAAAGGGAUCCCAGCAUUCCUAGAUAGGACCUGACUUGUUAGAGGUUUGGUUCAAGACACUUGGGAUGAUUGCAUUCUAACUACUUUGAAGUAUUUUGGUAAACAGAGAUCACCUGUGAAAGACUGUUUCUUUCAGACACAUUAUAUUCCUGUACUAAAAGCCUUAGGGCACACACAAAAUAUUUCUUCCAUCACUAGUACUUGUGGAGACUCAUCCAGAGUGGAUGGACUUGUGAAUGUGGGGAGAACGGGCUCCUUGUCAUGCAAACACCAUCCUGCUGUAGGCCAUGAAGGAUGGCUAAUAACGUCCACAUGAGUGGGCUGCUGAGCCGCCACGAUGAUGAAGCCACGAGGACUUCGACCUCGGAGGGCCUGGAGGAGGGUGAGGUGGAAGGGGAAACCCUCCUGAUUGUAGAAUCUGAGGACCAGGCCUCAGUGGAUUUAUCCCAUGACCAGAGUGGAGACUCACUGAACAGUGAUGAAGGCGAUGCAUCCUGGAUGGAGGAGAUGUCCUACUACUGCGAGAAGUGCCAGAAGUGGAUUCCAGCAAGUCAACUGAGAGAACAGCUCAGCUACCUCAAAGGAGAUAACUUUUUCAGAUUUACUUGCUCUGAUUGCUCAGAAGAUGGGAAAGAACAAUUUGAACGGCUGAGAUUAACUUGGCAACAAG